AUGCACGAUGACACAGAAGAUUAUGAAAUGCUGCCUGAGUUGAUUUCUAUGUGGAAGGAGGAGAAAAGUGAACAGGAUGAGGAGAUCAUGAGCAUUGAAAAGAUAGAGAUAGUUCGCUCCUACUCCAAGGCGUCCCCCGUUGUUUUCCUGGAAGACUCCGCUACACUCAGCAUCGACGAGGUUGACCAAAAUUCAAAAUUCAGAGGAAAAGAGCAUUCGGGACAGGGAUGGGCAUCCCAGAGAGCCAGAGGCUGGGGCGCUGGGCGGCGCCGAUGGGCGCGCCCACUUCCCCCUAGACGACAACCGCUAUGCCUGGAAUCAGCUCCAUCUCGGAAUCCGGGAGUUAAAGGCCAAAUCCCUGAAAAAAUUGGGGCCUUUACCAGGCGAGCGGGGGCUGGAAAGGUUUUGGAUGGUCCAACGAUCAACGAUGCUGCUGACUACGAGCCUAUUGCCCUAUGGAAAUUCUUUUGGUUCCUAUUUUUUGAUUUGACGCUUGAAAUUCGUAAGCUCUAA